UAUCGCUUGCGGUGACACACUGACACAUCUUUGACGGGUCUCGAGCUCUCGAUACUGUCAUGUAGGGGGCCGGCGUCCAGUUGUUAGCCACUGUUUGUAAACAUCAGAAUUAGCCGAUCGUGAGAGGUGGACGUUGGAGCUAACUGGUGGCCAGCUAAAGGAACAUGACCUGCUGUGGUGGUAGUGAUGAUGAAGUCAACACUAGGACUACAGUACCAACAAGAAAAGAAGGCUGUACAGAUGUGCUAUGGCUCGCUGUGUACGUUGCCUUUUGGUUUAUUCUGGUGUUCAUAGCUGCGUUUGCUAUUGUCUAUGGCAACCCUCUGAGAUUAGUAAAUGGAUAUGACAGCUUUGGAAACACCUGUGGGUCUCGGAACAAUGAGAAAAUUGGAAAUCUCUCACUUUCAGGUCUGGACACGACUAACAAAAGGUUUUUGUUUUAUUUGAACAUGAAGGAUAUCAAGCAUUCAUUGAAAGUAUGUGUUGAAAAAUGCCCUGAUCGCAAUUUGGAAACUCAGAAUGAUAUUAAGGAUUUCUACAUCAAGACUGGCUCUCUGUUGUGCAGGUAUGAUUUUAAAUUUAAUGGCUGGACUGGUUCAAAUGAUCCUGCUUUAGGGCAAAUAGAUCUUGGGAAGCAUAUUAACUCCCAUUUAGGACCAUGCCCACCUCUACCUGUGUACGCCAGUGAUCCUGUUUUAAACAGAUGUAUACCUCGCCCAGUAAAAGACAUACUUGUGCAAAUCAUCAGCAGUCUUUAUGAUGUGUUAAACAGCUGGGAUGCAGUAGAAAAGGUGUUGGGUGAUUUGUACAUGACAUGGCGAGAGAUACUUGCACUUUCGUUUCUUGCUUUUGUUCUGUCACUGAUAAUGGUGUCAUUCCUCCAUCUGCUUGCAUCAAUCGUUGCCUGGAUAUUCAUGAUCUUUGUUAGUAUUGCUUCAGUUGGUGGCACUUGCUUUUUGUGGUACACAUAUGCUCGAAUCCGUAAAGAACUUAAUGCAACUCCGGCAAAUCAAAUUCUUGAGGAAUCUGUUCAGAAUGAGAGUGCAUUCCUUGCAUAUUCAAUCAUUGCCACAAUUAUAACAGUUAUUUUGCUGCUUUUAGUGUGUGCUCUGACAAAGAGAAUAGAGUUUUUGGCCGAUUUAUUUGAAGAGUCGGCACAUUGUUUGCAGAGUAUUCCAGGAUUGUUUCUACAGCCAUUUAUAACGUUCAUUGCACUGUUAGCAUUCUUUGCCUUUUGGGUUACAGUUAUUGUUUGCUUGGCAACAUCAAGCUAUCCUGGUGUAAAGCCAUUUCUGCCAUUUGCUAGUUUUACUGAUGAGAGUGUGAUGAAGAACAAUGACGCAGAGACAACAACAUUAAAACCACGGAAUAAUAUCUCUUUGGCUGGCUUUAAACAAUUUACUUGGGUGGAGUUUGUUGAUCCAAUGUGGGUACGAUAUUUCUGGUGGAUUUACGUUAUUGCUCUUGUCUGGGUUCCUGAAUUCAUUUUGGCUUGCCAGCAAAUGGUCAUUGCUGGUGCAGUAUCACAGUGGUAUUUUAACAGACGCUCAUCAAGAGAUAUUACCCCCGUGAGAACAGCUAUGGAGCGACUUGUGUGCCAACAUUUGGGGUCAGUUGCUAAAGGUUCAUUGCUUGUAACAAUCUUCAAGCUUCCACGUCUCAUACUGAUGUAUCUACAUGCUAAGUUGCAUGCUAACAAGGAAACAUCUAGUGUCGCCCGUUGCUGCCUGAAGUGCUGUAUAUGCUGCUUGUACUGCUUUGAAAAUUGCAUAAGGUUCCUAAACCAGAAUGCCUAUACUGUGGUGGCGAUGGAAGGAGUUAAUUUCUGUGAUGGUGCUCGCAUAGCAUUUACAACACUUGGGAGUAAUGCUCUGAGACUAGUUACUAUAAACAGUGUUGGUGAUUUUAUCCUGUUUUUGGGGAAAUGCUUUGUUACUGCUGUAACAGGAUCUGUUGGUUUGGUUUUCCUGCAGAACAAUGGAAACCUACAUUUCUAUGCUAUACCAACACUGGUUGUAUGCAUAUUUGCCUUCUUUAUAUCACAUUGUGUCCUGUCAUUAUAUGAGGUUGUGAUAGACACUAUGUUCCUUUGUGUUUGUGAGGAUGAGAGGAUAAAUCCUGAAGGUGGCCACUGGCAAACAUCAAGUAUUGCCAGAAGAGAAACUCGCGGAACUGAAUUGCAGCCAAUGGCAACACAAUAAAACCAUUAAUUGAUGCAUGUUUGUUCUAUAUGAGGAAGGAGAGGAUCUGAACAACUUAAUUUUCAGUUACUGUCCUCAAGAACUUUUUGCUGUAGCAAUAAUUCUAUUAUAUAUUAUUCUGCAUUCACCUUUUUGCAGGCAGCAAAUGACUUUUUUAUGGUUUAUCAUAAGAGGUGGAGAAAACUAUUACCUUUUAGGUUGUUGUUAUUUAGUGAUAAAAGUAUCACCAUUUUGUAUAUUGUUGCAACAAAGAUAUUUUUAUGGAGUUAAUGUUUCUGUUGGCAUAUUGGGAGGGGGGGAGGGGGGGGGGAAACAAGUGCUAUAAAUCAUUCAGAGCUCAUGUAAUAAAUAAUUUUUACUCUUUGUGGAAGGUCUGAAUUACUGUAAUAAUUGUUGUAAAAGAAGAGCACCCAUAAACCAAAAUCAGGAAACAAAGGACAGCUUCUUACUGUGUAUAAGGAUCACAACAUAAUUAAAUAAAAACAGAUGUAAACCCUGAAUCUUGAAGUUGUGGGGAUAAAAAUGCUUAAUUUAGUAAUGAAGGGGGACUGAGAAAGGUAAUCGAAUGUUAAAGUUCCCAAAACCCAUACUCAGUGAACACAUUAACAGACAAGAGUGCAAAUAAUGAAGCAGGAAAGCAAGAGAAAAUCCUGGAUAAAACACCAGACAGCAAAUCAGAAGUCUAGAAUCUCAUCUGUUGUCAUAUAUUGUCACUUUUUUGCUCUAUUUAUUGUUUCUUCCUAUGCUGCUCUUUUCUAUUAUUUUUUUCAUACCUUCUGAAGGAACAGUUUCCAGUUCCAAAACUUCAAGAUUCAGUAUUUAUGCAGAAGAAUAAGGCCUCAUUGUGGUAUUUUAUCUUCUUGACUAUUGAAGCAUACCUUGAACAAAUACCAUAAUAGCGCAAGAAGAACAAAAACUGUGGUUUCUAUUCUGAUGGACUUCAUUGUUUUUAGUUUUUUAGUUGGUCAUUUGUGCAAAUGUUAUGAUCUCAGGGUGAUUGAAUGCAUGGAUUAUUUUCUAGCGAGAUACAUGUCCAGUAAAUAUUCCUGGAACUGUACGAGCAAAAUGUAUGUAGUUUAAAAAUUCAAACUGAUGAGCCAGCACAUUUAUAAAACUGUGGAAACAGUGCUCACCAAUACUGUGUAAGAGUUACAUAGUGAGUUCUGGAACUCCAACAAAAGUUGUGAAAUAGCUGUAGCCAUCAUUUCAAAGCCAAUCACAGCUUUUAAUAUGUUGCGUAACAUGAAUAUUCAUGUCUUAUAAGCAAGAGUGUAAAAUAUUUAUUGUACUUUAAUGUUUAUUGCACAUACAGACUUGAUACUCUUGGGUACACCUGGCAUAAAACAAACUUCUAUAUUCAAAGAAAAUGGCAAAAAUUUUAAAAAAUGUCAAGUUUUCAUGCAGCAACAUGUGUUCAGUAGUUCAUAAUAAGACUCACUAUUUACAUAACAAAUGUGCCUUGCACUCAGUCAUUUUUAGGCCUAUAGUUUCAGUUGUAUCUGACUGAAAAAAUUCCUUUCAUAUUUCGUUUUUUUUUCCGAUGGUCGCACUAAAGAGUUGUUUGUGUCAUCUGUUCAUAACAAAUCUUUACUGCUCAUGUUAAUUAACAUAGAUACAGUAUGGCUAAUGAGGUACUCAUCUUUCCCUCACAACGUACAAUGUACAUUAUCAUAUUUUUCUUCAUUUUUCCUUUAGAAUCUACGGCCUGCAGUGCUAAAGUAAAAUUACUAGCAACUGAUUAUCAUAGAAAAAUUUCAAGACAAAAGCUAAUGGUUAUUUUAUACCUUCUUUUCACAGUUAGACUUUGUACACAUACCAAAUAAUUUAGUCUCUGCAUGCCACUAUACAGUGCAUGGCAUAGGAUACUCUGUAUUGGUAUUCAUUUUGGCUUAAUUUCUCAAAGUUCUUGUCACAUGCACUUACUCCCUAUUUUCAAAAUAUCUUUGAAAAUUUGGUGAGAGUGUCUGAUGCAUAGAAACAUGCAACAGGAAAUAAUAUUUGCACUAUCUUUUGAGCUCUUGCUCUUUCCCUAGCAAAAGUACAUGCAUUCACACACACAUUCUUACACACAACCACACAGACAGCUAAACUCACACACACAUAGCUGCAGUGAGACUGUUAAUUGUCCAAUUGAGAGCAUUUGUCUGGGUAGAUGGAGGCGGGACAGUGAUAAGACAAAGAUGCACAAGAUGAGGAGAGAGUAAUGGGAUAGUGUGAGGUAGGUCCUUUGACAGAUGACUCAGAAGGUGCACACUAAGGUGAAAGUUGUUCAAAUGGUAGAGCAAAUAUGAAAUUUAGAGAGA